GAGGUAUACAUACAUAAAGGAUGUGUGAUGCGCAUGCAUAAUUUUGUUUAUAUUUUUCUGCUUUUUAUUUACUCCGUCAUCGACACAUUUGGACGGUGAUUUUUGAAACAUUUAACAGGCGACUACGUGUGUCAUCUGUCGUAGACAACAAAUAAAAUUGUUUAAAUAUUCCAUAAACGUAAUUAAAAUUAAAUUAUAAACAAAAUAAUUAAAACAACAACAACAACUUCCAUAAUACAUAAUAUAAUUAGUCAGCAGCCAAAAGCGGAAGGAACCAGAACAAAACACACACACACACAAGCAGGCAGACAGACAGAUAGAGAAACAGAUAACUCAUUAGUCAGUUAGUCAGUGAUUUAAAUUAAUUAAUCAAUUAGUCAGACAGACAACCAAGCCAAUCAGCCAGAAAAGUAAGAAAAUUGUAAAAUGAAACCCAUUAUGUCGCGUGUUGUCAUGUCCUUUAUGAUUUAUUUAUUCUUUGCUGCUGUGGUGGUGAACUGUGAUGAAAAGAAUAUAAAUAAAUUACUUAAUAAUCAGGUCAUUGUUAGUCGUCAAAUAAUGUGUGUUCUCGAAAAGAGUCCCUGUGAUCAAUUGGGCCGCCAAUUAAAAGCUGCUCUACCUGAGGUGAUUGUACGUAACUGUCGCAAUUGUUCACCCCAGCAGGCCCAAAAUGCCCAGAAAUUGACAACAUUUUUACAAACAAAAUAUCCUGAUGUCUGGGCUAUGCUUUUAAGAAAAUACAAGACAUAAAUUAUAAAAACAAUUGAAAUUUAAAAGAAAUAUAAAAUUUGAGCAACAAUUUCGAUAUAUAUUUAAUUUUAAUUCUAAACUAAAUGUUUUGAAAAAUGAAAAAUUAAUGAAAAAUAGAAAAAUAUAUUGUAUGAAUGUAUCGUCUAUGUAAAACAAAAUUAUAAAUAGAUAAAUGCAUGUAUUUAUGUUUUAAAUAAUAUUUAACAGUUCCUAAUUGUCAACUAAAUGUUCAUUUAUCAAAAUAGCACAAAAUUAAACUUACAACACUUAAUUACUACCGAUAUAUAGUAAUUGCUAUAAUUAAUCAUAUAAUGAAAUUUUUGAUUAAAAUUUUAAAAAGAAAUUUUUAAAUUAGAUUUUACAAUUUAAUUAAUUCGAUUCAUUCAUAAAUGUGUGGUUUUAACUAAACAAAAUUUGUAUUUUUAUAAUUAAAUAAAAAUAAUUUACACUGUUUUACUAGGACGAUAUGAACAGAUUUCAUAAUCAUAUACUUUCUAUAGUAAUGUAUUAUGAAGUUAUGCUCAAAACGUUUCCCAAUGAUUGCUCAUAAAAUUCCAAAAAAAAUAAUAAUAAUAAUUUUAUGUUUCUGCAUGUUUUUGUGAUUUUUCAUUAACAAUUAGUUGCAAAAUCAAAUAAUAAAAUAAAGAAAAAGAAACCAUAACCUAAAAAUUAUUAUUAAUUAUAAUUGCUUUAAUUUCAAAGACUUUACUGCUAAAUAAUACUAAAACUAAAAAAAAAAACAACUACUAACUAUUACAUACAUCCAAUAAAAUAAAAUAAUUAC